CCAUUCCACUUGCUGAAACUGUAUUUUGUUUUUGUUUGAAUCAUUGAAAAUGUUUAUAACAAUUGCUUCCUUAGUCGGAAUUGGUUUAUUAUGGGGUGUUACAAAUCCUUUUAUACGUUUGGGUAGUCAAACAACCGCAAGAAUUAAAGCGAAAUCACCGUUAAUGGAAUUAAAAUUUUGGUUACCAUUCUUGUUAAAUCAAUGCGCUAGCGUUCUAUAUGCAUGGACGUUGCAAACCUGCUCUAUAACAACGGCUGUACCCAUUGCGAAUUCCUUAAAUUUCUUGUUUACCGCUAUAACAGGAAAUUUGCUAGGUGAAAAAGUUGUGGGAAAAAAAGUUAUUUUGGGUGCUGCUUUGGUUUGCCUGGGCUCUAUGGCUAUCGUACUUGGCCAAAAGAAGCCAAAUAAUAGUGUUUGAAUACCAGAUCUGCUCAUUGGCG